AUCGGCUGGAAGUCAUUUCCUGAUUGGCUACCUGGACGUUUGCGUGGUGUCACAGAUCACCCAGCUGAAGAGACUUGUCCCCGGCAAGUCUCUGUCGUUCUUUUGACAACCACAUACUCUUCACAGCGCACGUGGGGGAAAUCAGUCAUGGAAUUAUUGGUUCGGUAUCUGGAACGGAGCAAUUCAAUUAGCGCUGCGUUAACUCAAGAGGUUAUCAAAGAGGACAAAUUGAGAGAUGACCUCAAGUAUUACUUCAUGAGCCCGUGUGAGAAGUACCGAGCCCGACGACACUUACCCUGGAAACUUGCGGUGCAGAUUCUUAAAAUCGUCAUGAUCACAACACAGCUCAUCCUGUUCGGCCUCAGCAACCAGCUGGUGGUGGCCUACAAGGAGGAGAACAUGAUGGCGCUCAAAAACCUUUUCCUGAAGGGCUACACCGGCGUGGAUGAGGACGACUACAGCGUCGCUGUCUACACCCAACAAAGCGUCUACGACAGUCUGUUUUAUGUCAUGGAUCAGUACAGCCAGCUGGGCCGGCUUUCUGUGGGGUCUCUCAGUUACGGGGAGGACGAGGACGGCAAACUGCUGCCUCUCAUCGUCUGCAAAGAACAUUACAGGAGGGGCAGCGUGGACCCCUCAGGUGAGGCGUAUGAUAUAGAUGCCCAGCUGGAGCCAGAUUGUAUGUCACAUGACCCAAAGACGGCAAGCCAGUGGAGAACACGCAACUCCUCCUUUUUUGAACUGGACUUUUACAGGCUUGUUGACAUAAAAGUAACCUUCCCGUUGAAAGGCAUCAACCUACAGACGGUGCGUUACCGGGAGUUACCCGACUGCUACUCCUUCUACAUUACGAUAACAUUUGACAACCAGUGUCACAGUGGAAAGGUGAAACUAUUCCUGGACAUUGACGUAGAGAGCAGCGCAUGUCAGGACUGGAAGAUAUCCGGAACGGCUGAGAAGAACACCCACUAUCUGCUGUUGUUUGACGGCUUCGUCAUCAUCGUCUGCCUCACAUCAGCUGUGCUGUGCACCCGCUCCAUUGUGCUGGCUGUGCGCCUGCUUCAGAGAUUCUCCAGAUUCUUCCGCGAGAAUUACAAUCGUAAAGUUUGUGAGGAUGAUCAGAAUGAGUUUUUGAAUGGCUGGUAUGUGCUGGUAAUUGUCAGCGACCUCUUGGCCAUUAUUGGAUCAAUACUGAAGGUGGAAAUACAAGCAAAGAGUCUCACCAGUUAUGAUGUGUGCAGUAUCUUUCUGGGGACGUCUACUUUAAUGGUGUGGGUCGGCGUGAUAAGGUACCUGGGAUACUUCCAGAAAUACAAUGUAUUGAUUUUAACCAUGAAAGCAGCCUUCCCCAAAGUCCUGCGUUUUUGCUGCUGCGCCGGCAUGAUCUACCUCGGCUACACCUUCUGUGGCUGGAUUGUACUGGGACCAUACCACGAGAAGUUCGAGGGCCUGAGUCGCGUAGCGGAGUGCCUGUUCUCUCUGUUGAACGGCGACGACAUGUUCACAACCUUCGCCCAGCUGAAGGACAAAAACACGUUGGUGUGGCUCUUCAGCCGCGCCUACCUCUACUCCUUCAUCUCCCUCUUCAUCUACAUGGUGCUGUCGCUCUUCAUCGCCCUCAUCACCGACGCCUAUGAGACCAUCAAGAGGUUCCAAAAAGAUGGAUUCCCGCCGACUGACCUGCAGAAGUUCCUGAGAGAGCAGAAGGAUUUUCCCGUUGCAGAGGAGAGCAGUCAGACAGAUCUUCGCAUCAGAUCCUCUCUGUUGUGUUGCUGCCCAAAGACACGGAUCAGGGAGGAGGAGGAUGUUGCCGAAAACAUGACGUCACACGUCUGAUCAAACGACUUCAAGAUCAAACCAUACCCUGCAAAAUCCUUGACUGUGCAGAAUUGCUGAAUGUGCAAUAAGACACAACAUUCAAGUCCCCUUUUUCUUAAGUAAACUGGAGCUUUAGCUGGUAAGAUAAAAAAAGGUUACAAAAUGGUAUCUAUUGAAGUUGAGGCUGCUGUUGAGACGUUUACUGGGCCUUUUUGUAAGGUCUGUAAAUACGUUUAGUUGCCAAAGAACUGGAUUCACUGGUUUCCUCUGACCGUGGCUGCAAACCCUGGUGUUAUGCAACAUUAUGCUGUGCUGGAUGUAAAAUGUUUGUCAAGUGUUGACAUUCAAAUUGCAGUAAAACAAAAGUUCUAAUUUG